GAGGAGUGCAAAGACAGUAGGGAGAAACUGUUACAAAAGUAAAGAUUUAACGACGAUACAGUAGGUAACCACUUCUUCACACACUGGGCUGGGUGCACCCCCUGGAGUUUUCAGGGGGAUGGAGCAGCGCGGAAGUGCGGGCAUGGGAACAGAGAGCCCCGGCCUUCAGGACAGCGCCAGCCCGGAAGAGAGAGGGGUGAGCCCUGCCUCCAGUGGCCCCCCGCCAUGCAAGUUGAGCUGUCCGGAGGUCAAUGGCAGCCCAAUAGCUCCGCGAACCAGACAGAACGGCACACUGCUGAGACCGCUAGGAGGUUUGAUGAUCCCAGUCUACUGUGUGGUGGAGCAUGCAGAUGUGGGUGUAGCUGGUGACUGUGAGGGGCAUGGCGACCGUAAUGCUGAAUUUGUGUUGGUCCGUAAGGACGUCCUCUUCACACAGCUGGUAGAGACAGCACUGGUGGCCCUGGGAUACUCGCACAGUUCAGCUGUACAGGCAAGUGGCAUCAUUAAAGUGGGCAGGUGGAAACCGAUGCCCAUCCACUACUUAACAGACGCUCCAGAGGCAACAGUGGCUGACAUGCUGCUGGACGUUUACCACAUGGUCACACUGCGGAUCCUACUGCACAGCUUUGCGCGGCUCGAGGAGCUUCCAGCUGAGCAGUGGACCCACGCCACAGUGAGGAACGCCCUCAAAGAGCUGCUCAGAGAGACCAACCAGAGCACACUGGCCAAGGAGUGUCCCCUCUCCCAGAGUAUGAUCUCAGCGAUAGUGAACAAUUCCUACUAUGCCAACGUCUCCACCUCUAAAUGCCAGGAGUUUGGACGCUGGUACAAGCGGUACAAACGCAUCAAAGGUGAAUAUAUUGAGAAGAUGUGGUCAGCACAGGACAAGUCAGAAAUAAAAGUGGAGAGGGAUUUGGACCUGAGCGUCCUCAGCCAGCGUCCUCCCUCUCUCUUACCCUCCCCCACCCAUUUGGGCACCCUGGGCGGACCGGGAGCUCUGUCCAUCAAGAGUGGCCUCGGGGACUCUCAGACCUCCACCCAGCCUCACUGUCUGCCUCACCCCACCAGCCAGCACCACCCCAGUCCUCCACUGCGUCCGCAGGCUUCACCUCUCCUGGGCCACAGCGGGCUCCUGUCCCCACAGCUUGUCCGUCAGCAGCUCGCCAUGGCCCACCUAAUCAACCAGCAGCUAGCAGUCAGCCGCCUACUCGCCCAUCAGCACCCACAGGCAGUCGACCAGCGGUUCCUCAACCAUCCGCCCAUUUCACGGACAUGCAAGGGCUCUGGGGCCACUACUGAGCCCAGCCUCAACUGCUCAGGGGCUGAAGUCUCCUUCGACAUAUACCAGCAAGUCAGGAAUGAGCUGAAGAGGGCCAGCAUUUCCCAGGCCGUGUUCGCCCGUGUGGCUUUUAACCGCACACAGGGGCUACUGUCAGAGAUCCUUCGUAAGGAGGAGGAUCCUCGCUCGGCCUCACAGUCGCUGCUGGUCAACCUGAAGGCCAUGCAGAACUUCCUCAACCUGCCAGAGGGCGAGCGAGACCGCAUCUAUCAGGAGGAGAGAGAGAGGAGCACGAACGCCAACCACAACCACUCCACCAUCCACAUCUCCAACACCAACACACACAGACACACACAGGCGAAGUGCGUCCUGACCGGUGCAGAGCUGCCGUUGAAGCUGGACUCGCUGGUGAACAUCACGUCGGCGAUCUACGAAGACAUCCAACAGGAGAUGAAGAGGGCGAAGGUCUCCCAGGCUCUGUUCGCCAAAGUGGCUGCCAAUAAAAGUCAGGGUUGGCUGUGUGAGCUGCUCAGGUGGAAAGAGAGCCCGAGCCCUGAGAACCGCACACUGUGGGAGAACCUGUGCACCAUCAGGAGGUUCCUGGCAUUAAAGCAAGCUGAAAGAGACCAGGUCUACGAAGAGGAGUCGAGGCAGCAGCACAGCGACAGGCUCCACACUGUCCUGCACAUUCCAGACCAGCAGGCACUACACAGACAGCCCCUACCACCUCCAACAGCGCCAUCUCCCAUUCACGAAGAACCACAGCCCAUCCCAUCGUUGGUGUUGCAUGGCUCAGAAGACGGGCCCCAGCGUGGGAUGAGCCCUGGCCUUGGAGGGGGAGGACCAAAGAAGGCCCGCUCGCGGACACGGAUUUCCCUUGAGGCCCUGGGAAUCCUGCAGAGCUUCAUUGGCGAUGUGGGACUCUACCCCGACCAGGAGGCCAUUCACACCCUGUCAGCCCAGCUGGAUCUACCCAAGCACACCAUCAUCAAGUUCUUCCAGAACCAGCGUUACAACGUCAAGCACCACAACCAGGUCAGAGAGCCCAUCCCCGGGGUGGACGAGAGCGACAGCUUGAGUCCGAGCGAGGGAGGCGUAGGCAGGGUGGGGAGUCAAGGGGAGGAGGGUCUCUCUGCGUCUGAGGAGUCGAGCGAGGAUGGGAGAGGAUCAGCGGAGGUGUUCAGAACAGAGGGAGGAAACAGACAAGAAGAAAGGGAUGUGGAAAUGGAGGUAGAGAAGGAAGAAGGGGAUGAUGGGAAAGUCUCAGUGCCAGCGACUUCCUCCCUGUCCCCCUACAGCAGUCUGGACAGCCCCCACUCUGCAGAGCAACAGAGAUAACAGCAGAGAAACAAGACGGAGAGAACUGAGGAAAACAUUAGAUGGACACCAUCAAACUGUGAAGCCCACAGACAGAUAACCUGUGAAUAAACACACAUUUUCAUACUUUAGCAGAGCUGGUGAUCAGAGCUCGUUAAUAUCUGAAGAACUGUGGAAAAAUAAGAAGUAAGUUUAACUGAAAAGGGAUCUAAAGAUACUACCACUACCGCCAGAUACUACAAGUGUUUUUGGUUUGAUGCUGCCUGUAGAGGAUUUUCAAUACCACUUAAAGAAAAAACACAUUUCUCCUUUAUACUCCUAAUUUUUCUGCUGAGGACGGGAAUACAUUUCAGUCAGCACUAGAUCAUCACUACAACAUUGCCAAAAUCUCCAACACUUUCCUCUGCAAAUGCGUUAAAGGUGACUGUAAACUACUCCUGCAGCACAAUCCACUUCUCUUACAUUUCUGUACACAGCUUCCUUCACAAUCAUUGUCUAAAUGCAAUAGUUAAACAUGAAGGUGUGUAUUUAGCGACGAAUGGAUACUGAUUAAAUGCCUGGACAGUUGAGAAGUGGAAUAUACUGCAGGAGUGGUUUAAGAAGAAGUUUCCACUAUACAAAUCUCCAGCCUCUUUUUUUAAGCUAACAAUUGGUUUAUGUUUAUUUAUGUAUGUUUUUGUUCUUUAUGUUUACAGGUUAAAAUGUUUGAUACUUGUUAGAGUUUGGCAUAAAUUUCCUUUAAGGUAAGUGUAGAGUAGGAGUUAAGAUGGUAAUUGAAUUUGACGUGUUCUCACAAGAAAAAUGAUGAGUUUGUGACCAGUAAUACUGUAAGGGAGGAAACUGGUUUCAGUCUCUGGUCCAUAAGUAAACUUUGUUUACUACUCAAGCAACUUUUGAGGAAAAUUUUAGUCCCGCUAUGACUCACAAGCACCUUGAUGGGACUUAGAUGCCAAUAAAUGAACAAAUCUGGAUUUGCAGUGGCACCGCAGUCUGAGAACACAACAAGUAUACUCUGCUGCCAUCUUUACAAACUCUCCUCACUACAGCUUUUGAGUAAAAUCCUCCCAAAGCACACAUACAUUAUUUUUCUGGACAAAAGAAAAAAUAAAUAAAUACAUUCAAUCAAACAAAUAAAUAAAUAAAAACACAUUGAAACACUUGGCUCAUAUCACCAUUCUUAUUAGGGUGACAUGCAAUUACAUUGGCGACCUGUCCAGGGUGUGCCCGAUGUCAGCUGGGAUUGGCUCCAGCCCCCCAUGACCCUGUACGCAGGAUAAGCGGUUGACGAUGGAUGGAUGGAUGGAUGCAAUUGCAUUGGCACCGAACAUAAACCGUACCGACAUAGGUCCGCGGUACCUCGUUAGAAGGGCAUUCACCUUAGGGGAAAUAGAGGUAUGCAGGGAUAUAAAACACGAGAACCUCAACCCAAACUCAAUCUAAACUGACGGCCAUUUUACAUUUGUAAUCUGUGAAAAAUUAUAGUAUAUAUAAAUUUGCUUUAGAAGGUCUCUGCGUCAACUGAGCUAUGGGAAACUCAAGCCUUGCUGACAGUACUCCAGUUCCUUCCCAUCAAUAUUUAUUGCUAACUUUAUAUUUACUGAAAGCUGAAUAUUAUUAUUAUUAUUAUUAUUAUAGUUUUGUUAUUAUUUUCUUUGAAAUGACUACAAAUGUCUUUUGUAAAUGUGACAAAAGGGGACGAGCAAGUCUGAAGAAGUUUGAACUGAAAUGUUACAUAGUUUAAGUUUGAUCGUAAUGUUUACUAUUUCUAAAACAGACUGGAAGACAAGGGAUGAAGCUGUUUUCUACUGGACAUUUAUGUACAUUGUGAUGUAAAUGUUGACAAUCCACCUGAACUGAAUCUGUGAUCAUACGUGGGAUCCAACCACUGUCACUUACACUGUUUUGUGUAAUUUGUGCCACGAGGGAACAGAGUAUGAAAACACAUUAUUUGCUUUAACAGUCUAUUUCAGUUUAAUAGUCAUCUCUGUCCUGGAUGGAGCACACACAGUUUCUGAUUUGUUCCACUUUGAUGUUUAACUAUUGUU